AUGGCUGGUUCUCUAGUAAGCAUAUCCCAGGGUCUAUUGACAUUCAAGGAUGUGCAUGUGGACUUUUCCCAAGAGGAAUGGAAGUGCCUGGACUCUGCUCAGAGGGCUUUGUACAUUGAUGUGAUGCUGGAGAAUUACAACAAUCUGGUCUCUGUGGAGAAAUAUUUCAUAUGUGAUCCUGUCCAUCAACUCGGGAAAACUGAAAAGGAGUCUUGUCAGUGUAAUGAGCUCGGAAAUAUUUUUCAUGACCCCUCUACAUGUGCACUUUUUAGAACGAGUGAAACUGUAGAAAACUCUAAUAACUACGGAUGCAGUAAUUACAGGGAUGCCUCUGUUGACUCAUCAAACCCAGAGAGACAUGAAAGCAUGCACACUGGAGAAGAACCUUGCAAUUCUAAAGAAAGUGAGAAAUCCUUAAAUGUGUGUUCAAGCAUUACUCAACAUCACAGACUCUACACUGCAAAGAGCAAGCACAGGGAGGGAGAAUAUGAACGUCUUGACACUACAUAUAGUCUUUUUCAACAACCAAUCUGCAUUGGAAAGAAACCAUACCAGUGUGGGAAAUGUAAAAAAUUCUAUAGUACUUCUUCAUAUCUCACUGUGCAUCAGAGAAUUCACACAGGAGAGAAGCCUUACAAAUGUAAAGACUGUGACAAAUCCUUUAUUAUGAAGUCAAGUCUUAUAAAACAUGAAAGAAUUCAUACCGGAGAGAAGCCUUACACAUGUAAGGACUGCAACAAAUCCUUUAAUGUGAGUUCAAAUCUUACAAUGCAUAAAAGAAUUCAUGCAGAAAAGAAGCCUUACAAAUGCAAAGACUGUGACAAAUCCUUCAGUACAAGGCCAUGUCUUACAGUGCAUCAGAAAAUACAUACAGGAGAGAAGCCUUACACAUGUAAGGACUGUGACAAAUCCUUUAUUAUGAAAUCGAAGCUUAUGCAGCAUCAAAGAAUUCAUGCAGAAAAGAAGCCUUACAAAUGCAAAGACUGUGACAAAUCCUUCAGUACAAGGCCAUGUCUUACAGUGCAUCAGAAAAUACAUACAGGAGAGAAGCCUUACACAUGUAAGGACUGUGACAAAUCCUUUAUUAUGAAAUCGAAGCUUAUGCAGCAUCAAAGAAUUCAUACAGGAGAGAAGCCUUACACAUGUAAGGACUGUAACAAAUCGUUUAAUGUGAGGUCAUAUCUUAUACUGCACCAGAGAAUUCAUACAGGAGAGAAGCCUCACAAAUGUAAAGACUGUGACAAAUCCUUUACUAUGAAAACAACUCUUACAGUGCACCAGAGAAUUCACACAGGAAAGAAGCCUUACACAUGUAAGGACUGUGACAAAUCCUUUGUUAUGAAGUCAAAACUUACUCAGCAUCAGAGAAUUCAUACAGGAGAAAAGCCUUACAAAUGUAAGGACUGUGAGAAAUCCUUUGCUGUGAGGCCAACUCUUAGAGAGCAUCAAAGAAUUCAUACAGGAGAAAAGCCUUACAAAUGUAAGGACUGUGAGAAAUCCUUCACUGCAAAGUCAACUCUUACACAGCAUCAGAGAAUUCAUACAGGAGAGAAGCCUUACAAAUGCCAGGAAUGUGACAAAUCAUUUACCACAUGCACAUAUCUUAGAGAGCAUCAGAAAAUUCAUACUGGAAAGAAACCUUACAAAUGUGGAGAAUGUAGCAGAUCUUUUGCUACACUCACAUAUCUUAAAAAACAUCAGAAAAUUCAUACUGGUUAG